UCCUUUCUGCUUGUGUUUCGCUGCUACUCGGUCUGGGAGGAAAGACCUACACACAUUCCCCUCGGAAGAAAAGCAGCACACACAGCCGCCGCCGCCGCCGCCGCCGCCCCCACCGACGGCGGAGAACGGCCAGAGAAUGGCCUUGCCGGCGAUCCCCGACGAGCUUCUGGUGGAAAUCCUCCUCCGCCUCCCCACCGCGGCCGACCUCAUCCGCGCCUCGGCCGCCUGCGUCUCCUUCCGCCGCCUAAUCGCCGGCCGCUCCUUCACCCGUCGCUUCCGCAAGCUCCACCCCCCGCCCCUUCUCGGCUUCCUCGACACAGGGCGGCUUCGCUUCCACCCCGCGGUCCCGCCUCACCCCUCCGCGCCCGCGGCCAGGGCCGUCGCCCGCGCCGCCGACUUCUCCUUCGACUUCCUCCCCUCCCCCUCCCCCUACCGGCCCUGGUCCGUGCAGGAUGUCCGUGACGGCUGGGUACUCCUCGAAAGGCCCCGCCCCCGCCCCCGCCGUCGCGGCGCGGGGCUGGAAUCUCCCUCCUAUGAGAUGGUCGUGUGCGACCCCUUGCACCGGCACUAUCUCUUGCUUCCCCGGAUCCCCGAUGACCUAGCCGCUUCGGUUGUGGGCGCACAAGGGUUCUGCCACGAAGACUCCUGCCUCGUCCCUUCCGGCGACGACGAGGAGGCAGCUGCGACGGACGAGGCGUCAUUCAGGGUGAUCUGGAUGCUGCUGCACCCAACUAAGCCGGUGAUCUUUCUCUUCUGUUCGGGCACACAGCAAUGGCGAAUCGUUCCAUCACUGACUUGGAGUGAGAUGUCGCCUGGCUUCGAGUUACCGGCGCAUGUGUUUUACCGCCUGAUGCGCCAUUACGCCCAUGGCUGUUUCUACUGGCUUUCAUAUUCCACUGAGAAAUUGUUUGUGCUUGAGAUCCGGAGGAUGGAGUUCUCCGUGGCGGACCACCCACCCUGUGAAAGAAAGCUGGGUGAGGAUGUCGUGAUUGCAGAGGCAGACCAAGGCAUGAUUCUGAUGUUUGUGCCUAAGCCUGACACAUCUCCCGUUAUUUAUACUGUUUGGCGAAACAAUGGUGGGAGGUUCACUCAGUGGCAGAUGGAGAAGCCAAUCACGCUGGAUUCUGGGUCCGGCCUCAUGGGUGCAGUGGGGAGGCAUUUGCUCAUAUAUUAUUGCGGAACCUCGUCGGUCGGGCGAAGUUGUUUCACGCAGGACGUUAACACAUUCCAGCUUGAGUGGGUGUGUUCCGCAGUUCCCAAACAGACACACGCAUACUGCAACUUCCCACCGUCGUUAUUAUCGUCACCGACAGUGUCAACUGGCACACACCAUGCUGACAUCCAGCGAGCGGGGGUUGAUGUGCCAGUGCCUCAACUACGAGAAUCUGACUCUGGAGGCAUGGAAGGACCUGUCAUUCCAGCGGCCGCGCGAGCUUCAAACCCCUUGUUCGUCGUCGAAGCCGCAGCCCAUGCCAAUGUCCUACGGCAAGCGGGGGACGCUGUGCGGGUGCCUGGACUACGAGAAGCUGGCCCUGAAGGCGUGACCUUGUGCAAUGCAGGCACACCCCAUGCCGACGUCCAUGGAGUGGGGGAUGAUAUGCCGGUGCCUGAACUACCAGAAGCUGACUUUGGAGGCGUGCAAGGACCUGUUGUUGCAGCGGCCGCCCGAGCUCCUAACCCCUGUUUUGACGCCGAAGGCACACCCCAUGGUGACGUCCAGGGAGAGGGGGAUGAUGUGCCGGUGCCUGAACUACAAGAAGCUAACCCUGGAGGUGUGCAAGGAUCUGUUGUUGCAGCGGCUGCCCGAGCUCCGACCCCCUCUUUCGUCGUCGAAGCCACACCCCAUGCUGACAUCCAGGAAGCGGAGGACAUUGUGCCGGUGCCUGAACCACGAGAAGCUGGCCCUGAAGGCGUGAUCUUGUGCAAUGCAGGCACACCACAGGGAGCGGGGGACACUGUGCUGGUGCCUGAAGCACGAGAAGCUGGCCCUGGAGGCAUGCAAGGACCCGUCCUCGCAUCCGCCGCCCAAGCCCCAAAACCCUCGUUCGACAACAAUGGCGUGGAGGCGGGUCGUGGUGGGGCGAGAAGAUGGCGCUGGGGCUGGGGCUGGACCUGCGGAGUCUGUAGGGGGCAGGUAGCCGAGGUGUGAGGAGACGAAGGACCGGAGUAGUAGUGCCAAGGCGUCCAGAAUGUGGUAGGCUGCUAGCUAGAUGGUGACAUGGAGUGGCCUGAUGAUCCUUUUUGUAAAGCUUAUUUGCUUGAUUUGUGUGGUGAUGGCCGUUGGGUACGAGCGAGGCACACGAGCAAGAGUGGCAGCUGUUCUGCUGGGAUUGCAAAGCUUUCGCCGUUGCGGGAUGACUGAUCGACAGUGCACUUCUUCUUCUGUCGGCAAACCCUGUAUUACUUGGCAACAAGUACUGCAUUGCUGA